AUACAGAGACGUCCGCCAUUGUCGCGUCUAUCGCCCAAAAGAAAAGUGUGAAAAAUCGGGAAACAUAAAACUCAUUCAAAUUGUGCAAAUUAGCUAACCGUUCGUUAUAGGGGAGCAGUGCCCAGUGCCCGAAAAACUACAACGUGAACAACUUGCGAGUUAAACGCAGACACACAGACCAGACAGACAGUGGAAAUGGCCUCGCCCUCGCCGGCGAAUAGUCCGAUGCCGCCGCCGCAAGCACCCAGUCCCAUGGCGCCUCCGUCGCAGAGUCCAGCACCGUCGCCGCACAGCCCCUAUCCGCAUCAGGGACCACCGCAAGGGCCGCCACAGGGACCGCCGCCGGGUGCGCCACAUAUGCAGGGACCACCGCCACCGGGUCAUCCGGGUGGACCCUAUGGCCAUCCCAUGCAGCAUGGCCCGCCCGGGCCACAGGGACCGCCGGGCCAUCAUAUGCCGCCACAUCAUCAGGGCAUGAAUCCUCACAUGGGCAUGCAGAUGCCACCAUCUGGACCCAAUAUGUCGCCGCUUGGCUAUCAAACGCAUGGCAUGCCGCCCAAUGGACCGCCACAGCCUGGUCAGGGUCCGCCCGGUGGUCCACCCGGUGGUCCGCCCGAGCGUUCUGGUCAGGAAAAUCUGCAUGCACUGCAGCGUGCUAUCGAUUCGAUGGAGGAGAAGGGAUUGCAAGAGGAUCCACGCUAUUCGCAGCUGCUGGCAAUGCGCGCUACGUCCAAGCACCAGCAUCUCAAUGGCAAUCAGGUGAAUCUGCUGCGUACACAGAUCACCGCCUAUCGCAUGCUGGCACGCAACAAGCCCAUCUCCAUGCAGAUGCAGCAAGCGCUGCAGGCGGCCCAACAACAACAGCAGCAGCAACAGCAGCAGCAGCAACAACAACAACAACAGCAGCCGCCGCCGCCCAUUGGACCACCGGGUAUGCCGCCAGGUGGUCCCCAUCCGGGUCAACAGGCGAUGCAGCCGCAACAGCCACCAUCGACGGGCACACCGCCGCAAUGCCCGACACCACCAGCUAGUCCUUACGGUCAGCCGGUGCCCGGCCAGAAAUUGCAGUCAGCACCGCCGCCGCAUAUGCAAGGCCAGCCGUUGCCACCACAGCCGCCGCUCAUAGGCGGUGGUGUACCUCCUCCGCUGCAACAUCAGCAGCCGCCACAGCAGCAGCAACAAGCACAUCAACCACCGCCGGAACAUCAGCAGCAUCAGCAGCACAACGGUGGUAAACCACUAGCCAUGGGUCCAGUUGGGGGUCAGCCAUUGAUAGCGCCACCCUCGCAGAUGCAACAGCAGCAGGCGCAGGGUGUGCGUCCGCCGGCGCCUGGCUUGCCGCCCGGUAGCCAGGUGGCACAACCGGGACCGCCACGACCCGGCGCACCGCCCGGCCAACAACAGCCGAUGGCGAAACCGAAUCGGGUGACAACCGUAGCGAAACCAGUGGGUCUGGAUCCCAUAACGCUGUUGCAGGAGCGUGAAAAUCGGAUUGCGGCACGCAUAUCGUUGCGCAUGCAGGAGCUGCAACGCUUGCCCGCCACCAUGUCUGAGGAUCUGCGUCUGCAGGCCGCCAUUGAGUUGCGUGCGUUGCGCGUGCUCAAUUUUCAGCGGCAACUGCGCAUGGAAAUUGUGCAGUGCACGCGGCGGGACACAACGUUGGAGACGGCCAUCAAUAUGAAGUUCUACAAGCGUACCAAGCGCCAAGGGUUGCGCGAGGCACGCGCCACCGAAAAGCUGGAGAAGCAACAGAAACUGGAGGCGGAACGCAAACGCAGGCAGAAGCAUCUCGAGUUCCUUGCUGCAGUGCUGCAGCAUGGCAAGGAUUUGCGUGAAUUCCAUCGCAACAACAAGGCUCAGCUGGCGCGAAUGAACAAGGCGGUGAUGAAUCAUCAUGCGAAUGCGGAGCGUGAACAGAAGAAGGAGCAGGAGCGCAUCGAGAAGGAGCGUAUGCGUCGCUUGAUGGCCGAGGAUGAGGAGGGCUAUCGCAAACUGAUCGAUCAGAAGAAGGACAAACGUUUGGCAUUCCUGCUCUCGCAGACGGAUGAGUAUAUCAGCAAUCUGACACAGAUGGUCAAACAGCACAAGGAUGAUCAGAUGAAGAAGAAGGAGGAGGAGGGCAAACGUCUACAGCAAUACAAAAAGGAGCUGCUGAUGAGCGGCGAAUAUGUUAACAUCGACGAGAGCAGCAUCGCUGCAGAUAUGCGCGUUAUUGUCGUGGAACAGUGCAGCGGCAAGAAGCUGACCGGUGACGAUGCACCGAUGCUGAAGCAUUUACAUCGUUGGCUCAACAUGCAUCCCGGCUGGGAUUGGAUAGACGACGACGAUGACGAUGAGGACAGCGGCGGUGGCGGCGAUGACGCAACGAAACUCAAACACGAGGAGCAGCCACAAUUGGAACGCAAUGCUUCAGCGGCGGGCGAUGGAACGGACGAUGCCAAUGCCGCCACAGACAAAUCAUCAGCACAGCCAGGCGGCGAUGCGACCGGAGCCAGCGAUUUGAUUACCCAAGUCAAAGUGGAGGACGAUGAGUAUCGCACGGAGGAGCAGACCUACUACAGCAUUGCGCACACCGUGCAUGAGAAGGUUGUCGAGCAGGCCAGCAUCAUGGUCAAUGGCUCCCUCAAGGAGUACCAGAUCAAGGGACUCGAAUGGCUCGUCUCGCUGUACAACAACAAUUUGAAUGGCAUUCUGGCCGAUGAGAUGGGUCUGGGCAAGACCAUACAAACGAUUUCACUGGUCACCUAUCUAAUGGACCGAAAGAAGGUGAUGGGUCCGUAUUUGAUAAUAGUGCCACUGUCCACGCUGCCCAAUUGGGUGCUCGAGUUCGAGAAGUGGGCGCCAGCCGUUAGCGUUGUCAGCUACAAGGGCAGUCCGCAGGGACGUCGCCUGCUCCAGAAUCAGAUGCGGGCAACCAAAUUCAAUGUGCUGCUCACCACGUACGAGUAUGUGAUCAAGGAUAAGGCGGUGCUCGCGAAGAUCCAGUGGAAGUACAUGAUCAUCGAUGAGGGACAUCGCAUGAAGAAUCAUCAUUGCAAGCUGACGCAGGUUCUCAAUACCCAUUAUAUAGCACCAUAUCGUCUACUAUUGACGGGCACACCCCUGCAGAAUAAGUUGCCCGAAUUGUGGGCACUGCUCAACUUUCUGCUGCCCUCCAUCUUCAAGUCGUGCUCCACAUUUGAGCAGUGGUUCAAUGCUCCGUUUGCCACCACCGGCGAGAAGGUCGAACUGAAUGAGGAGGAAACGAUUUUGAUUAUAAGACGUCUGCACAAGGUGUUGCGUCCGUUCCUGUUGCGUCGCCUCAAGAAGGAGGUGGAACACCAGCUGCCCGACAAAGUCGAGUACAUCAUCAAGUGCGAUAUGUCGGCGCUACAGCGAGUCCUCUACAAGCACAUGCAGAGCAAGGGCGUCCUGCUCACCGAUGGCUCCGAGAAGGGCAAACAUGGCAAAGGCGGCGCCAAGGCCCUCAUGAACACCAUUGUCCAGCUGCGCAAGCUGUGCAAUCAUCCGUUCAUGUUCCAGCACAUCGAGGAGAAGUACUGCGAUCAUACCGGCGGACAUGGCGUUGUCUCUGGUCCCGAUCUGUAUCGUGUAUCGGGUAAAUUUGAGCUGCUGGAUCGAAUCUUGCCCAAACUGAAGGCGACCAAUCAUCGUGUGCUGCUCUUCUGUCAGAUGACCCAAUGCAUGACCAUCAUCGAGGAUUAUCUCGGGUGGCGUCAGUUUGGCUAUCUGCGCCUGGACGGCACUACCAAGGCCGAGGAUCGUGGCGAACUGUUGCGUAAAUUCAAUGCCAAGGGCUCCGAUGUAUUUGUCUUCUUGUUGUCCACACGCGCCGGUGGUCUCGGCCUGAAUUUGCAGACAGCCGACACUGUGGUCAUCUUCGAUUCGGAUUGGAAUCCGCAUCAGGAUCUGCAAGCACAGGAUCGUGCCCAUCGUAUUGGCCAGCGCAAUGAGGUGCGCGUGUUGCGUCUGAUGACGGUGAAUUCGGUGGAGGAGCGCAUUUUGGCUGCGGCACGUUACAAGCUGAACAUGGACGAGAAGGUCAUCCAGGCGGGCAUGUUCGAUCAGAAGUCAACGGGCAGCGAACGGCAGCAGUUCCUGCAAACCAUCUUGCAUCAGGAUGACAACGAGGAGGAGGAGGAGAAUGAAGUGCCCGAUGAUGAGAUGAUUAACAUGAUGAUAGCUCGCAGCGAAGAAGAAAUCGAGAUCUUCAAGCGUAUGGAUUUGGAACGCAAGAAAGAGGACGAGGAAAUCCAUCCAGGCAGAGAUCGUCUCAUCGAUGAGUCCGAGCUGCCCGACUGGCUGACCAAGGAUGAUGAUGAAGUGGAGCGUUUCCAUUACCAAUACGAUGAGGAUACCAUAUUGGGUCGCGGUUCACGACAGCGCAAGGAGGUGGAUUAUACGGAUAGCCUGACCGAGAAGGAGUGGCUCAAGGCCAUCGAUGAUGGUGCCGAAUUCGACGAGGAGGAGGAGGAGGAUAACGAUCCGAAGCGCAAGCGACGCAAACGCAAGAAUCGCAAAGAGGAAUCGGAUGAUGAUUCGCUCAUCUUGAAGCGCAGACGCCGCCAGAACUUGGACAAGCGCUCCAAGAAACAGAUGCACAAGAUCAUGAGCUGUGUAAUCAAGCACACCCAAGAUGGUCGCACGCUCUCCGAGCCAUUCAUGAAGCUGCCGUCGCGCCAGCGAUUGCCUGACUAUUAUGAGAUCAUCAAGCGACCGGUGGACAUUAAGAAGAUAUUGCAACGCAUCGAGGACUGCAAAUAUGCGGAUCUCAAUGAGCUGGAGAAGGACUUUAUGCAGCUCUGUCAGAAUGCACAGAUCUACAACGAGGAGGCAUCGCUCAUCUAUCUCGAUUCGAUAGCGUUGCAGAAAAUCUUUGUGAGCUCGCGGCAAAGGAUUACAGCCGCAGCGGAUGCAGCUGCUGUGGCAGCUGGUGAAAAUACAGGCGAUGGCCAUGGCAAUGGCGGUGGCGGUGGCAAUGGUGGUGGUGGUGGUUCCGACAACUCGGAUAAUGAUGAUGACGAUGGCGAUGAUGGUUCGGAUGAUGAGGAAAUCGCGACCACAUCGGCGGCGGCCGUUAAAAUGAAGUUAAAACUCAGCAAAUCAUUGGCCAGUGCACCGGCGACGCCGACCCAAUCCUCGACAGCAUCGGCAUCGGUGGCGAGCAGUGGGGCAGCGACCACAUCUAAGAAGCAGACACGUCGCAAGCGUUCCCAAAAGAAAUACACCAUAUCGGAUGAUGAUGACGAUGACAUGGACUAGCUGCCAUUGGGCGUCAUUUUCAAACGAAUGGCGAACGGUGCCGAAUCCAACUAAUUCAUUUAGUUUACUCUUCAGUUGUCUCCAGAUCCUUAAACCCCAUUUGUCACUCAGCAUUUGCAAUAAUGAAACUUUCUACAGUUUGUCGCACAUACUUAAAUAAAAAGAAAAUCAGAAAAACAAAAUGAUAUACACAUA